CUGAAAAAACAUCCUAAGCUUUUUUUAAAUAAAAUUAUUUUUUUAUGUAAAUCACUAUUUUCUUAUCAAAGUACACUAUACGCGGAUGACUAUACUAUCCUUGAGGUACAAACUUGUAAACAACUAAUAAGGAAACUAAAACCCUCAUUAUACCAAAUCCAAAAUGAAAAUGAAACUAUUUGUUAUUCAAAAACAAAACCCUUUAAUAUUAACGGUCAGUCAGGAGCACCUUCAAUCCAUAGGAAUCAUCUUGUAUCUGUGGCUGCAGGUGAAAUUCUAAGUGAUAAAGAGCAUAUUAUUAUUGGGACAAAGAUUAGCUGUUUCUGCAACUGGAUUAUCGAAAACCUACCAAGCGGAGGUGAUCAUGUGAUUUGUUGCAAAGAUUGUUGCAAUAUAUUGGAUAAACAGUUAAAUCAAACAUUUAUGUUUUUAAAGUAA